AUCAGAUUGCUAGUGGUGUGUACUGCCCAUGUUCACCAGUGCAGAGGCUGCCGCAGUGUGGAAAAGUUACAGACGUAAAGCUCAUAUAACUCCAUCCUGGAAUAUAUCAUAAACAUGGAAUAAAAUCUCAUUUAUCAACAAAAAUCUGGUGAACCAGCCUUCAUCAGGACAGUAAUUUUCAAGGCUCCCCUCCACACUGCCAAAAGCCAAAUGGAUUGAGGGAGGCAGAGGGCUUUGAAGAGAGGAGAUGCCCAACAAAGAGCUGAUAUCCCCCUGACUGUUGUGCAGAUUAUUACUUUUACUUUAUUGCAUUUAAAAGCCUUUUUAAAAAUCUUUCUGAAGCCCUUUCUGAAGAGCAGGCCAAUGAAUCUGUGAAUCUGAGUAUCAAGAAGACAAAGGGAUAUGGCAGAAGAAAGCCUCUGGUCACGGCUCAGAGAGGGAUAAAGCAACAAGUCUGACUGGGGUGGUCUGGACUGAGGGUGUUGUGCCGGCCCAUUCUCGAGAACACACACCGGCAGGAGAUGGGGCAGAGGUUACUGAGUGGAGAAGGAUUAAGGGAGUACACAGUCUGACUAAUUAGGCAUGAAAGUUAUUUCUUUUAAAACAACAUUAAAAAUAUUUAUAAUUUCAUACAGAUGUUAUGAGGCUUUUUUUUAAUUCUUCGCUGCUUUGUUAGGAAUCAUGUCUAUGGCUGGAUAAGAGGUUUUUUAGGCACACCAGCAAAGAUUCUUUGUUAAUCCAGACUGGAAUUAUACUUAGUGCACAGCAAACAGAAAGACUGUUGAAGUACUUCAGGCUAAAUAGAACAACAUACCUGUAACCGAGCUGAGCUGUUCUCCGUAUGAAGGCCUGAAAUCUACUGCUGAGCAGGAAAAGAAAACGUACUGCUCUUAAAAAAGUAGUCUGUUAAAAUAAAACACCAACAACUGGUGCAUGGGCAAGAACAAACUAAAGCCUGGUUGAGAGUUGACGUAAUGCUGUUGGAGCGCUGUAAUAACUCAUUAAUGGAGUCAAACUAACGUGUGUGGGAGGCCAGUCUCAGUGGAAAUCUCAUAAAAUAGACAGGCCUGUAAAUGUGUGCUACUUUAUCAAAAUAUUUAAAAAGCAACGACCAUUACAAAGUCCAUCUCAAACUAACAACAAAAGAACAUUAGGCAGGGCAGUGUAUAUUGAUUUUCUGAGAAUAUUUUAAGAUUGAGUUUAAGGGGUUUAUUUAAUGUGACUCAGAUGCUUUAUUUGGUUUUUGAUGUUGAAUAUUCACAAAUAAGGUCUGUCCUGUGCAAAGAGCUUUUGUUUUAGUGUGAGAUUGAGAAACUGCUUAAAAAGGUUUUUGCAAGACAUAUUGCAAAUGAAUAGCCAAAACAUUGUCCAUUGUUACUUGCAGUACUAAAAUAGUUUUCCCUUUGACUUAAGGUCCUUGAACGAGAAGUUGCUUGUUUAAAGGAAGUGAAGUGGACUUUAGCCUGGAGGAUCUGGCACAGAACCUAACUUAGUUUUCAAAGCAUAAAAUAAGCAGAAACGUGCAAUUAUUUAUGUAGCCAAGUGCUACCCACUCAUACCACAUGCACCACGUCACUUUCCUUUUUUGGCAAAAACGAAGUUUGCAGAUAUUUUCUUAACAUUUGAUCUUCUUCAACAUCCAGCAGCAGAUACUCUCAAACUCAAUGGAGAUGGAAUACAUGGAUCCUGUUCUAAACCGCAAAGAUCUCUGCAGCCAGAGUUGGAUUUAUUUCUGAACUUGUGUUUUCUAAACCCAAAACCCAAAACAACUGUGCAGCCCAGUUUUUCUGACCACAUAGCCAUCUGAGGUUUCCAGGAAUUAUGGACAUGAGUAUUUUCAUCUCACAUCUAUCUCAGUUGGAUCAUUUGGAUAUGGACAGCAACCAGUGGCAAAAAAGCUUUGUGUUCAUACUUAUGGAAAAUCCUUUCUGAGAAACAUUUCACUCAACUGCACUUUUUUAGUUUUACCCAGAGACGCCUUGAGCCAUGCAUAAUUUUGCAUGAAUGGUAAUGUGUGGAUAAUUUCCUGUUGAGCUAGGCCAGAUUCUUUCUACUGCAUAGGACGCACAAAAAAACUCACUGGAACACCAAGAGUUUUAGUUGGAAUACUAAUACUUGGAGGCUUUGUUGUGCUUUCCUGUGGUUUUAUUGUAAGCUCAGAAAACUCAGCAGUCAUGAACUUGGGCAAACUGUCUGGGCUGAAGGGCCUGGUGUCUCACUCCUCAGGCAGGCGGCGCUUUAAGGGUGAUCUGACUCCAGACAUGAUCAGCCCGCCGCUGGGAGAUUUCCGUCAUACCAUGCAUGUGGGCCGUGGGGGAGAUGUAUUCGGGGACACCUCCUUCCUCAGCAACCAUGGUGGUGCAGGGAAUAGUGGCGAUGGAGACUCCAUUACCGCUUCAGAGAAGAGCGAGAGCUUCUUCUCUCGCACCCUACGGCACGUCCGCAAGACUCCAGAUCGGCCGCGGGAAGGUUCCAGAGACCUUUCUCCUCCACCUCCACCCAUCUCCCCCAUCAUAAAGAACGCAAUUUCCCUCCCUCGCUUGGAUGUGGACUCACCCAAUGGCUGUCCUGUGAAGGUGCUGUUUCCCAGCACACCCAAGACACCUGAAGACAGCACAUACUCAUAUGGUGUCGAGUCUGGUUUUGUAACACUUCCCAGGCUGUCACGCUCAGAGAGGCCUGUGCAGAGUACAGCUCCUUCAUCCUGCUCUGCUGAGAUACACCGCAGCUCUCUCACAGAUUUGCCACACACACUCACCGUCCCCGACACACUCAGCCCCUCUGACUCCAUGACCUCCUUCACCGUUGACCUCGGCCCCUCACUCAUGUCAGAAGUAUUUGCCAUGAUUGAUCGGCCCAGUGUGCAUGCAGAAGGCAAUCAUAACUCUGAAGUGGAGCACAAAUCUGAGCCCUGGACCAAUGGUGACACUGAAAUGACCUCGGACACCAGGACCUCUUUGGUGGAUUCACUUCUAAGAGAGGAUUCAGAGGGCCGGAGUCGUCUUUAUGGAGUCGAGUGGGGGUGUGGGGACGUGAUGAAUGGGAAAUCCACGAAACCGGGUAUGGUCGGUGAUCUUGUGCGCUCCUACACUGCCAACGAGCAUGGCAUGGAGGCUAAAAGGUUCCAGGAGGCUGCAGAUGUGCUGGCUCGACAUUACGGCAGCGGAACAAACAGGAAAACUGACAUGAGCAUCACUCAAAGGAGACAACAUUACGCUUACCCUGAUGAGGAAGAAGAGAUCAAGGUCUAGCCUGAAAGAUGAAUCACCUCAAGCUUUACAUUUCUCUUGUGCCAUAUGUAAUAGAAGUUUAUCAAGAAACUGAAGUUUGUAAAAAGUAGUAUUAACCGAGCUCCUCUCUUGUUCUACGAUUGCAGUUUGUUGAAAUAAGAGCAGGACAGGACAUGAAGUUGAAAAAAAAUUCAGAUGAACGACACUUGGUUCUUAAAAGGAGUGGCUGUGGAAGGAUGUUGAAGUAUCUGGAUGUUGGUGUAUGUUUUUAGUUUCGAUGUGGAUAUAAAAUAUGUACUGAGUGUUUGAUUGUGACAAUCAGUGAACAACUUGACCUCAGCACAAUUAUUUUUCUAUAUUUGAAUAUGAGCGAUAUGAACAUUAAACCAGGAGCAGAGUCCAAACAGCACGAAUCCAGGCAAGGCAGCUUUCUGCCACAGAGACUCGAUGUGAAUGACACUUCUCUUUGCCAGUGCAUGAACAGCAAAAAGGUCAACAAGAUGAACUACUCCUGACAGGUACAGUGUAUAUAUAUAUAUAUAUAUAUAUAUAUAUAUAUAUAUAUAAUAUUUACACCAGCAUUUUUAUUUGUAUGUUCCAGAGAUUGACUACACAUAAUUCUCCAGAUAGACUCUAUGGCUCUAAUUGCUAUUGUUAUGCAUAAACCUUAAUACAGACAUAUUUUAUGUAGGGAAACAGCUGUCAUAUUAUUAUUAUUAUUAUUAUUAUGAAAUGCAUAAAAGUACUCCUAUGCAUUUCACUUCAAUACUUUUGGCUGUGAGAUAUGAAAAUAUUGACAAGCCAAAAAUGCAUUUUAAUAGUACUGCAAUAUUUCGGUUUGUUAUUUACUUUAUUAAGCAAUAAAUAUUUCUGCAUCCACAAACAAUCUUUGAAUUAAAUAAAACACUCUUGGCAAGUUUUGUGAUGAAAAUAACUUUAUACAAUAUUUUGUGUCACACACUAAAGCUGUAGAUUACAACAGCUAAUAUGACAAUAAUUUGUAUGAAUUAUUAUUUUUUUUUUACAUUUUGACAGAGGAGUUAACUCCUCAAACAUGUGAUCUGUAUUAUAUGCAUACGAUUGUGUUCCUUUGCACAGGAAAUCUGCACAUUACUAAUGUACCGUUAUAAACAAUACAAAUAAUAUAUCUAAUAAAAAACAAGGAGAACAUGA